AAAAAGAAGAGCUUCUGUUUCCCCUGGAGGCUAAAACAUGUCGCAAAGGAUGUACAACCAGAUGUGGACAGAUGCCAUGGCCGAGCUGAGCCACUUGCUGACCGAAGAGCUCCCUGCUGAGCCUCGGCGUCCCGAAAAGGACAGAGUUGUGUUUUUCCAACACCUGGCUAUGCUUUACGUGCGCUACAUCCAGAUAUUCAGAACGCUGGAGACGGUCUAUGACCUGGUGGUCCACCCUCAGAAGAGGAGAGUGAUCCGGCUGCUUCUGGAUGGUGUGAUGGGGAGGGUGUUGGAGCUGAAGAAUGAAAUGGUUGAGAAGGAGUUUUCAGAGUACCACUACAUGGAUGAUGUGAUUUUCGACCUCAAGCUCACACCUGCUGACCUUGAGAUUCCUAUUCCUCGCUUCUUCCUUCAUGAAUGCAGCAAAGAAGUCCAAGAACGAAAGACCAUGCUUACUGAUAUUCUUAAAAUGGUGGAAAUUACUGAAAGCUCUGAGCUUCUUCUGAGCAAAGACAUGAAGCAAGAGGAGGCGAUAAAGAUCAUUCAGAUGGCAGAGAGGGCACGGCAAGGGCGCCUGAGAGCAAAACUGAAUGAAAAAAGCAUAAACAUGAACAGGAUGUACAAGACAAAGGACUCGGGCGCAGCUGUCGCUGAAAUGGCCGCAACCUGCAUCCAAAAGAUGUGGCGGGGAUACCUACAGAGGAAGAGGACGAAGAUUGCUCGAGAAGAGGAAAUGAUUUUUCUGGGAAUGGCUAUGGAUCCAAAAUAUCUGAUGCCGUGUCCUGCAGAAGUCACAGCUGAUGCCAUUGACGAUUCUACGCGCCUUAAACGGGACGCACAUGAGGAGAUUUUCCAGAAAGCCGCAGUGACCAUCACUAAAGAGCUCCGGGACACGGAGGGUCGUGACAUGAGUGAAACCAAGAAGGGACAGAUUCGUCAGUGGUUCUUUGAAUGCCGCAAUACUACCGGAGCGUUUCCAGACUACCCAGAUGUAGAGGAUGGAGGAUCUGCACUCAUUUUUGUUGAAAAGAAUCCUCAGCAGUUACUGGAAGAAAUUGCUGCAAAGGAAGAGGAAGAUGCCAACAGUAAACCAAAAGGAAAAGAAGACAAGAAAGCAAAAGGGAAGAAGAACAAGGGGAAAGAUGAAAAGGAGGAGGCAGGCUUGAAGAUGCUUCCUUCUGCUUUUCUGUCGGAUUUGGAAGUGGGACAGAAAGCUUACGUAGAUUUUUGGCAAAGCCGAAACGAGUCUGGAAACUUCAACCAGAGACAUGAGGUGGAGCUUCUCAAGGAGGAAAUGAGAAAAACCAUCCAGGCAGAAAUUCAAGUUCAGGUGGAUGAAGAGAUGAGACAGGAGCUGCUUGAAUGGAAGCUCUCUGUAGAUAAAGACAAGGGCAGUAAAACAAAGGCAAAUGCCAAGAAAAAGAAAGGAUCAAAGAGCGGCAAGAAGAAGAAAAAAGAGAAAGAUCUGACAGCUGAUAGGACUGUUGAGUCUCUGUGUAAGGAACUGGUGGAACAGGGCUUGUUGAAACAGCCGAAUAAUGUCAGGCUGCAGGACUACUUGGGUGACUAUAACUACCUUGGCACCACUCUCAGGCAAAAUGACAUUGAGCCCAUGCCGUCGCUGUCAGACGUACGACAAGUCUUAGCUCUUUACGCCGUUCUGCCUUUAGGCUCUCAGGCUGUGCACGAGAAGGCUCCUCUGAUAAAGGCCAUCCUGCUGGCGGGGCCGGCCGGCGUGGGGAAGAAGAUGUUGGUCCACGCCGUGUGCCAGGAGACGGGCGCCAGCCUGUUUGAUCUGUCUCCUCUGAACACCGCGGGGAAGUACCCCGGCAAGAGCGGCCUCGCCUUGAUGCUCCACAUGGUGUUUAAGGUUGCGAGAUUGCUUCAACCUUCAGUGAUUUGGAUCGGAGACGCCGAGAAAAUGUUCUACAAGAAAGUUCCCAAAGAAGAAAAAGAGCUGGACCCGAAGCGGCUGAAGAAAGAUUUGCCCAAAUUCCUCAAACUGAUCAAAGGAGAGGACCGAGUCCUGAUAAUAGGAACAACUAAAGACCCGCUGUGUGCCGACAUCAAGCCGCUGUGUAAAAUGUACAGCAAAAUCAUCCUCAUCCCCAGGCCCGACUACGGCUCAAGACACAUCUUGUGGAAGAAGCUCAUCAAAAGUCAUGGCGGCGAGGUGACGAAGGCCUUGGACCUCAGCUCUCUUGCAAAGAUUUCUGACGGCUACACCCCGGGCCACAUCGUCCAGGUGAUCCAGAGCGUCAUCACGAAGCGCCGCAUCCUGCAGCAGGCCAACAGGCCCAUCACUGCCGCCGAGUUUGUGGCCCCGUUAGCCAAAUACGACCCUGUGUUCCAGGAAGAAGAGGAAGCCCUAAAAAACUGGUACGGCAAGACGCCCCUGGGAAAGAAACGGAUUAAAGCUGCCACUGGAAAGGAAGACGAAGCACCGGUUAAAGGCAAAAAUGCAAAGAAGAAAGGAAAAAAAUAA